AUGGCCAGCAACCCCGACGAGCACACUUUGGGUAAUAGUGGGGCCGACAUUACCUUGGUGGAUCUUAUGUUCGGAGAUCUGUCGUAUGAAGACAUGGAGCCAUCUGACGAAGAACUCUUCAAGAGAGCACGUGAGGAGCUCCGCCGUAAUAUGCCGCGCGACCUGUCUCUCCCGUCUUCUGACAGGCUGGCUAGCUUUGCUACAAACCUGGAGUUGGCAAUUGCGGCGUCUGAAUGGGUCGAGCACAAUACGGAAAAUAUCCAAGAAGCGCCUACCAAGGACUACAGCCCUAUGGUCGUCAAUACCGUGGCUGAGGCCAUCUUCGACCCACAGUACGACAUCCCCAACGACCUUCCCGACGGCACCACUGCGACCGACUUCCACCUGCAAGUGUACUUCUGUGCAGUCGCCAUGGGUAUGAACGCCGUCCAACACUUCGCCUUCAAGUUCAUGAGCGCUGCCCUCAGCGAAGAUGGCCUGACGCCUGAACAGCUCAGGAGCUUGGUAGAGAACCACGGGCUGUUCACUCCAGCUUUUUGCAAGAAGACACGGUCGGCACUGCCAUUUCACAAGGUCAUGUGCACGCUCGCCACUCACAUUGUUCUCUACGAAGAUGACUUAUGUGGAAGCAAAGUGUACAGUGAUCUGUUCCUUACUACCGAAGGAUAUCUGCCGUAUUGGCUGAACAAAGUAAGGAGGGGCGUCAAGGCUUACGUUGAGGUGGUCAAAAGGGAGGAUCCUGCUGCGUACCGCCGGCGAUUCCCUGGUUAG